AUGUGCAAAUCAUAACAACUGAUUAGAAACAUUGACGACCUGAAGUUUAGGACCGAACGCUUACUGUUUAAAAAAAAUCUACCUUCAGGUGGGGUAAUGGCGUUUAUGACGUUAACAAAUAUCUGUACAAUUGUAAAACUUUCAACCGUUUUCAUUUAACGACUUUUCAUAAUAACAGUGAAUUCAGGGUUUUAUACAUUGUUUAAAAAUGUUCGGAAAACAGGAGCCCUCCACAAUUUCAGAGAAACCGUCAACAGUAAUAGAGGAAAGAAAAGAAACCCCACGGGAAGAACAUGUUGACAAAACCGUGGAUAGGGAAAAUACAGUACAAGUUAGUAAUAGUUCUGACCAUCAGGAUGAUGGUAUUAUCAUUGUGAAUUCGAUACAAAUUCCACAUUUACUCGACCCUGAAAAACAAAAGGAUGUACUUGAUAAGGAAAAUGAGGAAACUCCUGAAUUUACUGUUCGCCUUGGCACGUCGCUCACUAGAAAGGAUGCUGACGUCAGGGCACGUGCAUUGCUGAAGAAGCUGGAGGUGAGAUCUGUCUCGCCUUAUCCGACAUCUUCAGUGUCUAGUGUCAAAGAGUCAGUUCCUCGGUCAAGGCGGGCCAGUACCCAGAGGGACCGGGAAAGAUCUUUAAGAUACAUGUCCAGAGCUCUAGGAAAAAUGUUACGAUCGAGAGGAAGACAGAGUCUGGGAAGUAUCUCAGACUCAAUAGGAGAAAAAAUACCAACUGAACCCACAGAAAAGCCCUAUUUAAAGUUCAGAAGGAUUGCGCGAACGGUUAGACUUUUGGCUCGGAUACUGCUGGCGCUAAAAAGCUACGUACGAGAGCCUGAUAGAAGUGAGUGGUCAUUUAUGGAAAUGUACCUACAUGUCCGUGAUGACCUCCAUAAAAAGGUGGCGUUCAACCCUCACAGCUACGUCAAAGUAGAACCGAAAAGAGACAGGUUGAAACAAUUGCUUUCCAUUCCCAAAGGAACACGGACGCUGGAGGAGGUCAAAAUGACCCUUAGCCUGAUGAGAGAUAACACGUCUUUCAAAGACUAUCCGGCUCACACCCAGAUACACCUAGCGAUGUGCAUGGAAUACCAAACAUACGAGGCACGUCGGGUGAUACUGAGACAGGGUCACACCCCGUCAGCGUUCUACAUCAUGUUGUCAGGAUCAGCAAUCGUCAACACUCAACACCUUAAUCCCAGCACUGGGAAGCGAUUCUUCAGGACCGUUCAUGAGAUCGUAUCAGGGGAUAUGUUCGGUGAGAUUGCAUUACUCGAAAGUGGCAGACGAACAGCCACUGUUAUUUGCAAGACCCCGUGUGAACUUCUGGUUGUUCAAAAGGAGGAUUUUGACACAAUUAUCAAAGUGCCGCUUAUGCGAGAAAAAGUGGAGCAUAUUCAUUUUUGCAGAGAAUUGCCCCUUUUCCAGGAUUUUCCGUGUGAGGUAUUCGCAGACAAUACAAGUGGAUUCUUUUAUCAGUAUUUCAGAAAAGGCGAUGUUAUAGUCAAAGACAGCAGAGAUAGCAAGUUCAUCAUUGUCGUGGCAGAGGGGGCGUGUCAGAUGAUUAGUGACGUCAAAGAAACAGAGGCAGACCGCACGCAUGGUCCGAUGUUCGCUAAACAUAUGGAGCAAGCAUUUCCCUUGUACACAGAAAUGAGAAAAAUUCGGGUCAAAGCCAGACGCCAAAAAACUGACGACUCAAACGACACGGCCCUAGGUGUGCGCCUACUUACAGGGACACUGGAUACAUAUAAACUGGCAGCGGCGACUAAGACAAACCUCAGUCGGAUGGGUAGAAGAAAGUCUCGACAUCACCUACUCACGAGAAGUAAUACUCUUGGAUCAAUCUACGAUAACGUAGAGAAAGGACGGAAGAAAAGUGUGGUUGAGGAAAAUACGACACCACUGUGGACAGACAGAGUGAGAGGACACACCCAUCCCAAUGGCUUCCGACACUCAGCGGACGUCCACAGAAAAACGUCCCAAAGUGACAUUCCCCGUACCCAAGCACGUUCAGCGACCAACACCAAGAGCAAGUUCAAUGAAAUACAGAUGAUAGCUGAUAGCAAUAUCCCACCACCAUCACCACCACCUAUAAAUCAUCCAACAGAACCUCGGAUACUUCACGCUCAAAUUUCUGAAUUGAAACCUGGCUCCGUAUUUGGUUUGGAGGCUCUCAUUUCCCGCCCGUCUACGACCUUAAGCCUUGUCAGUGACGGAGCUGAGUGUAUCUUCAUUUCUAAGAGAUUGUUUUUGAAGGAAGCGAACAUAAAAGUUCUUCGUAUUGUUACUGACCUGGUACACAACCAUCCAUGUCAUGACUACAUCAAAGAGCAAGUAUAUACAUACCGGAAGUGGAGGAAAUACAAGAUGGACACGGUACUUGAUGUAGUUGACAGACAUCGAAGCAUGGAGGUCGCAAUCGUAGGAGGAACGCCCGACAAAAAGUUUCCCAUUCCAAGCGAAGCUUAUAACUAACAUUACUAGUAAAAAGGAUACAUGAUGUGUUCAUUCUCACCUUCAUCAAAUGUUAACAAUGUUCGGAAUAACAGAUGGAGAAUCAAGUCAAUUAGGCUAAGCUUUGUUUAGUAUCUUGAAGUAGACGCGCGAGAGUGUAUGAUAUUAACGAGUAGUCUGCGACGCUUUCCUCUAUGCGUUUUAUCCUUAGAACUAAGAUGUGCUGGAGGUCUUCAUGACUGUAUUUAUGUCACGGACGCGUUAUAACUGCGGGAUAAUUUUAGACAAUGCCUUUGUGUGAGGGAUGACUAGCUGACCUUUUAGUUUUAUUCCUUGUCGGUCCUUGUUCUACGUUACAUUCAUAUUUUUUAUUAUUUGAAAAGGUCACUACGUAAAGUUAAUCGAAUGAAUUGUCGAUUCAAUUGUCGCUUUGUUCAUUGUAAACACCUAAGUGCAUAUCCACCUGCUGGUCAUGUGUCUUAUGAAGGUUACACAUCAUGCUUAAGCUAUCAUUUCUUGUUUGAAAUGAACCUGUUUACCAUAUAAAAGUCAAACUUUUUGAGAGAAAGGAUAGCGUUGAUUAUUAAUAGAGGAUCAUUUGAAAAUGGCCUUCAACGCGUAAUUUCAUUUGGUCAUUACCAGAAACUAUUCUUCGCGUCACACAUGUUUGCUGGAUGUGCGGUGCCCAUACUUAAAGGCUAGAGGUGGAAUACAAUUGGACAAUUUCCCAGUGUCUUACGAACGUUAAUAUAACAUCAAUAACCGAUGUUAAUACAUCACUGGUAUUUAAGGUACAUUUUGUACCGAAAUGAAUCAUUUUAUUUUUUGCAGAAAUCACUGCUUAGAUCUUUGUUUAGAAUGAUGUUCCUGGCAUACUCGUUAAACCCUGACUGAGAUAUAAGGCCAUGUCUUCCGUUGAGUUCACAUAUAAGAAUUUAAUUUACAAUAA